AUGGCUGAACCUGCGCCCACUGUCAAUCCAACCUUCACUCAAGACCAGCUCCUCGAACUUCUCAGGGCCGCUGGACGACAACGGGAUGCAUUUCCUACUCUUGAGAAGCCCCGUGUUGGAGGACUCAAUGCGACUGGAGCUUGGACUGGACAUGGUGUCGGCGGAGAAGGAACUUCUCCCAUGAGCGCCCAGUGUAUGAGAGACUUCAAGACGGAUGUGAUCAAGAACCAUCAAGCUCUUUCUCCCAUUGAACUGAAGUGCAAAGAGGGACUGAGUGGCUCACCCGACCUUCUGUUUAGUCUCCCUGGCGAACCAAAUGCGGACAAGGCAGUGCCAUAG